AUGAGACACAUUAACCUGGAAGGUUCCAAGCGAAUAGUCAAGACUGUUCUGAUCCUCUCUUACGAGCCAAAGCGACAUUCCCUAAUUUACGAGAACGACUCGCUGAUUGCAGAGAAAGAUCAAGAAAAUUUGUUCGAUGUAAUCCAGAAUGCUAUUUUGAUUGUUGCAAGAGUUUUCGUAAUUGGAUCUAUCUUAACUGGAGUGACUGUUGUUUAUUUGAUCACGCGGUUAAUACAUGGACACAUAUUUCCGACCGUUCUUCUGAAAAGCAUCCAAUUCCUGGGACCGAUUUUUAUAAAGUUUGGUCAGUGGGCAUCCACGCGGAAAGAUAUAUUUCCGGAGGACAUUUGUUGCACGCUAUCGCAGUUACAACGCACCGUUCCGCCACAUUCUUGGUUCUACACCGAGCAACUGCUUAAAUCGAUUUACGGUCCAAAUUGGAGAAAAAUAUUUGUUAAAUUCGAGAAUGAAACACCUAUCGGAUCCGGAUGUUGUGCUCAGGUGUACAAAGCAUGGAUCGAUUUGAAUGCUCGAGUCGAAGAAACGCAAGAGUCCCGAAUACCUGUUUUCAUUCAAAUUAUCGAAUAUCUGAAACUCGGAUCGUUGAUCACAUCGAUCGAUAAAAUGGCGAACGACGACAGCGACAACGAGAGUCAGCAGGAUGUUACGCGAAACAGGAAAUUGCAGCCGGUAGCAGUAAAAAUUUUACACCCCGGAAUCAAAGGUCAACUGAGAAGAGAUUUGACCAUAAUGAGAGGAGUCUGUAAAUUCGCGACAAGCGUCGUCCCGCGGUUGCGUUGGCUGAGUCUAACCGAUUGUAUCGACGAGUUCUCGCAAAUAAUGGAGAAUCAAGUCGAUAUGAAUCGGGAAGCCGUUAAUCUGCUGAAGUUUUCGGAAAAUUUCUCCUACAAGAAAGACAUCCUCUUUCCACGACCUUAUAGGAAUUUCACGAAACGCGACAUACUCGUAGAAAGUUACCACGAGGGCCCUUCCAUAUCCGAGUAUCUCGAAUACAAAGACAACAAGUUACAGAAGAAAUUGGCUAAAUUAGGAAUCAAGAUGGUCUUAAAGAUGGUAUUUAACGAUAAUUUCAUUCACUGCGACUUGCAUCCCGGCAAUAUCUUGGUCGAAACGGAUCGUGGGUCAACCGAAGGAACGCGUGCUUGGCUUUGGAGAUUCAUCGAUCGCGAUUACUGGCCAAUUUAUCCGCGUCUGAUUGUACUCGACUGCGGUCUCGUGGUAUCGUUGAACGACCGUUGUCAGCAAAAUCUUAAAGAUGUGUUUCGCUCGGUAUUGAUGGGUAACGGUGAACUGGCCGCGGAGUACAUUCUGGAACACAGUUCGCAGGUUUGUCCCGAUCCGGACGGUUUCAAACGUACGAUGCGUGAGAUCGUCAACACUCAUCUACGAAAACGGGACAACGUGAACGUGAGCACGGUGGUGGCCGAAUUGUUCUCGGCGAUGGUUCGACACAAAGUGAAGCAAGACGGCUCGUUUAGCAGCGUAAUUCUCAGUAUGGCGGUGAUCGAGGGUCUGGGGCGUAGUCUAAAUCCGAAUCUCGAUAUUUUCACGGAAGUUUUACCGUUCAUUUUCACUAAUACUCUACAGGACAAUUAA